GCCGAUGAAGCAGCAGCUGGAACAAGAGGAGGAGCAGAUGAUCAAGCCGAUCAAGCAGCAGCUGGAACAAGAGGAGGAGCAGAUGAUCAAGCCGAUCAAGCAGCCUCUGGAACGGGAAGACGAUCAAGAGAAGAUGAAGCAGCAGGAGAAUGACAAGCCCAAGCAGGAGGAGCAGCGACCCAAGCCAAUUCUACUGCCAGCCGGGGGUCGUCGUCCAGGUUCCAGGCCGAAGAUGGUUCGCUUCUCUUCCUCAGCGGAGGACAUUCUUCCCGACAGCACCCGACGGCGGAGUGAAACCCAUCUCAGCGAUGGCCGACGGGGCUAUGUUGAGUUCGCGUAUCUCGAAGCUUUCCACAAGACUCACCGAGCAGCUUUACGAGGAGCUCAACGGCAAAUCCAGCGACCGAGAGAGGAUCAAGCGAGCGCGGAAGAUGAUGAGGCUCCAGAAAAUGCUGGAUAG